CAGCUUCACCAGCCGAACGAAAAAUAUACAACGAACAGUUGUCAUCGCAUUUUUUAUCAUCUUCGAUCCGACUGGAGCGAUUGGAGCAUAAUAUUGAAAUUGUAUUUUUUAAUACACAAAACGUUUAUUUAUUGUGUUUUCAUAGUGAUCAAUAUAUUAAUUUAUUGAGUUUGUUUAUAUAUAAAUAAUUUUGAGCCAAUUCCAGCGUGAUAUUGCGCUGAUUUUGAAAAUAGUGUAGCCGACAAUUUUUUUGGCGCCAAAGUUUUAUUUUUGUUAUAAGUUGUGCAACGAAAAUACGAUCUGACUUAGAAAACAAUGGGUAUAAAUGAUGCCAAAAAGCUAACCUCAACUCAUCGUCAAUACAGCGAUCGGAAGAGUGUACAUAUGUUUAAGACUCCAUCAAUCCCGAUGCGUAGAGGGAAGAAAGUUAUCAAGAAUAAAUUGGAGAUCAAUCAUCGCAAUUACAAUUCGGCUAUAAACUGCACGGUGGUGCACAAAGAUUACAAAUCGUUUGUGAUAACCAACAAGUCCAGCUAUUCAACAUCGACCAAAUCGGUGAAUAGGCGUAAACGUUACAAACGGACUCGUAGACAAAUCAGCUACAGACAGUUAAUUGUUACACCGGCUUCCCGGUUAAUAUUUAACAUAUCAAAGCGGUCACGCGAAGUGGUCGGUGACUCGGUGUACAGCAAUCCGAAGCGACGAAGAUUGGAAGCGGGAACAUUUCAAAUUGAGCCCAUUGACGACGUGAAUGAGUUGUGUUUAAAGAAACUCUUUUGUACCGACGCGUACAUGAGACAUCACAAUGUAAACAUAAAAUUUCCCGAUCAGAAUGAAAAUUUGCUCACCGUACCGGACGAUUUAAGUGAAUACAAGAAACGAAUGUUUGCGGCUGUUCAAUCGAAUUUAAUUGAUUUUAAAUCGAAAAGUGAAGCGGUGACAGCGAACAUGAAUAUGUUAAGCGAAUGUAAAAAUGUCGAAUUGAAAUUGCAACGAAUUAUGUCUCCGAUCGACGUAAAAUUCGACACAAAAAGUUCGACGAAUCAGCAAGACAACGAACCAUCGACCAUGGACGGAAUAGAAACUCAAUACGCAGCAACCAAAGAGGAAAUGUUUGAUCGUAGGUCUACGCUCUGGAAAGAUCCGGUCGACCCAAUGGAAGUGAAACCAGUGCUGGUUGUCAAGAAAGAAAGCGAUAUUGACGAAAUUGAAGUAGAUCGUUCGUAUGAACCUCCGUCGACCAUAUACACAGGCCAGUUGUUAUGGGCUCGCUACCAGAAGUAUCCAUAUUGGCCGGCAAUUGUUUGUACACCUGCCACGGAUACAAGCAAAGGCAAAAUUCAUGUUAAGUUUUUCGCUGACAGAGGUACGGGCGGUAUGAUCAAAAAGGAAAAUGUCAUCGAAUUUCAAGGUAUCGAUUCAUUUGUGCAGUACAGGAACUCAAUGGAGUCGACGCUGAGCAAAAAUGAUUGGAAAGCCUGGUUCGUUGUGAAAAAGCACAAGGCUAAAGCAUGGGCCAAGGCGGUGGUGGAAAUAACAUUUGUCCAAACAAAGGAUUUGGAUGAAAGACUCUCCCAUUUUGAUGUCAUCGUUAUAUGUACAUUACGUGAUACCUUCAAAAAUCCUCCCAGUUUAUCCCAAUUGAUUUCGGAACAUUCGUCCAGUUCGCAACUGGAAGCUGUUCGUAAAAUGUUUGACGAAAAUGGCAACAUUUUCGACGAUGUAACAGAGAAACUAGCUGAAAUUUCAUCGGAGAUUGACGCCGAUGCGCUCACAUCACCAACACCAAUUUCCGCACCGAAACGACCACAGACCCCCGCUCCUAAACUGACCAAACCGAUCUCAAACCAUCGACAAUCGUUACCUUCAAAUUUCUCGAAACGGAGGGCAUCCACAAGACUUUCUUCGAUUGUACAAAGUCCAUUGUCUACCAGUCUGCCAAUUGAGCCGGAAAAGCCACAAAAGUGUAAAGAGAGAGAACCGGAACGGUCCAAGCGGAAAGAAGAAAAAUGGAACGAAUUCGAGAAAGCUUUGAAAUUGUAUGCGAGCACAGCACGGCAAAAGGAAGUACUAUUCAAGGGCUUGCGUCGCGGCAAUGUUUGUAAGGAAUGUCUGACAGUCGACGAAAACCUUGAUCGAGGUCUAGUUAAAUGUUCCGGGGACUGUGCCGAUCAUGUUCACCGAAAAUGUGCACACACCACAACCGGUUCAAAUGUUGUACGAUGUCAUGAGUGCUCCGAGACAUCGUCGAAAAUAUGCUACGCUUGCAAGGAAAAGUGUUCAGAGUCUGCGGUGCGGUGCCUUUUCAAAACAUGCGGACGUUAUUAUCACAAAAGUUGUCUGGCUUACUGGCUUCAAACGAAGAAUCUAGAGCCCAACGUAUAUUGCCCGACACACUGUUGUCACACUUGCGUGUCAGACGAUCCACGAAACACGCAUUUCUCAUUUUCCAAAGAGUCCACAUUUAGCCGUUGCAUCAAGUGUCCGACAACGUAUCACGCAGAUUCCCAUUGCAUUCCAGCCGGCGUGAAAAUUUUAACCGCAAAUCAGCACAUCUGUCUUAGGCAUCGCAACGAAUACCGCAAGCCGAUUAAUCUGAAUUGGUGUUACAUAUGCGGUGUAAGAGGCGGUAGAUUUCUGUGCUGCGAAUCCUGUCCGCUGACGUCCCACUUUAACUGUCUACACAUUGAAGAAGCUGGCGAACACUACUUUUGUGAUAGCUGUGAGACUGGUCGGCAUCCGUUGCACGGCGAAGUUGUUUGGGCGAAAUAUUCGAAUUACCGAUGGUGGCCAGCCGUCAUUGUACCGCCCGCCUGCAUUCCAAACUCAAUGAAAGACGAAUUGUACAACGAUCACGAUCUGUGCGUUCGGUUCUUCGGCACCUAUGAAUUUGGAUGGGUCGGACGGAGUUUCGUUUAUUUGUAUGAUGAAGGCGAUGCAGAACGAUUCGGUGAAGAGAAAAUUGAAGAGGCUGUUGAACAGGCAGAGAAAUGGUAUAAACCGCUUAUGAUUAAAGUGAAAAAGUCGCAAAAGGUCCAACCAUUACCGUACCAAAAAAUCGGUAAAAUAAAGGAGUUAGCGCCAGCAAAGCUAACCAGGUCGAAAAUACGUGACACAGAUCCAUGUAGCUGCAGUCCAGAUGAUCCUGAUCCGUGCGGUCCAACAUCGAAUUGCUAUAAACGCGUGGAGUGGACCGAAUGUUCGAGCGAAUGUCCUACCGGCGACAAAUGUCAGAAUCAAUGCAUCGCAAAGCGCAAAUACGCGAGCUUUAAACUCAAGUAUUUAGGCGACAAAGGCUUCGGUUUGAUCGCUGAAACGGCGAUACAUCCGGGUACAAUGGUCGUUGAAUACGUUGGUGAAUUGGUCACCGAGACAGAAUAUCAAUUGCGGCGAAGGUCGAAGCAGACGCAAAAUUUGUAUUUCAUGAAAUACGGUAAAGGAUUGUACAUCGAUGCGGAGAAGAAAGGGAACAUGUCCCGGUUCAUGAAUCAUUCGUGCAAUCCGAAUUGUCAGCCACGGGUCAUUGAAGUGAAGGGCAUUGAACGAAUUGGUCUUAUAGCCAUGACGGACAUAAAUAAGGGUGAAGAGCUGACGUUCAAUUACGAGUUCAACGACCAAAAACAAAAAUGUUAUUGUGGCGAGCCUCAAUGUCGUGGUUUUAUUUAAAAAAAGAGGAAAGAGACUUUCCGCUUCGUUUUAUCAGUUUUUUAUUAGGUUUUUUUAUCGUUAAAUAAUUUAAUUUAUCCGCAUCCGAUCUUGCAAUAAAGUACACCAGUUAAAGCAAAGCAUCCGUUAAGUUUGUAUAAAAACUAUUUUAACAAUAAAAUCAAUUAGUUUUAAGGGA